GUACCCAUCGCAUUCAGUUGGAAGUCAGCCAGCGCAACGAAAGUAUCUCAAAAGGAAGGGAAAUACCCAGAACAAAGUGAACGAACUCGAAAAUACGAAAGCAACAAAGUAGUGUGUGUGCCAGCAACAAAGAACCCGCUUGAUAAAUAUUCAUUGUGCCGAAGAGAAAGUCAUUGAGUCAUUGGCAAUUGUGUAAUUCCGAACUAAAAGAGAUAAAACCACACGACAUGGCAGUGGCAUUCUUCAUUCCCGACCAGGCAACUCUGUUGCGGGAGGCGGAGCAGAAGGAGCAGCAGAUCCUUCGAAUGCGGGAGACCCAGUGGAGACUCCUGGCCACCGUUGUCCUGGAAACUCUACGCCUAUACAGCCCAUGUCCGCCGAAGGUCGGCAGAAAGUGCGGCAAAUACCGUAAACCAUCGCAGUGAGGAGUUCGAGUAACUAACUAAUACUACGGGGGAAAACCAGAAAACCAAUAGUCCGGUCCAAAAUCCAGAGUACAAAGGAAACCAGCAUGAGCCAGCCCAGAAAUACAGUCAUCUCUCAACAGCCGACGGCAUUCGAUUUCUACAGCAGUCAAGGACACAGCCACAACACCACCCACCCGAUUUUAGUUUACUCAUCAAAGCGAUUGUGAUAAUGGUUUUGUUUCUACAAAAAAAUCAAACAAAAAAAUUAAACAAAAAAAUCCUCAAAAAUCUUUUAUAAAAUCCCCAAUUUUUAUAGACAUUUUUUAAGGUCAAGAAAAAAAUAGUUUCUUUAGAAAUAAUUUAAACUUAAUGCCUAUUUAAAUGAAUUACUACUGUAAUAGCUUGUAAGUUCUUUUGUAAGCCAAGUUUUUCUUAGUUUUUCUUAAGAACAUGAAUCAGAAAAAAACAAAAUUUACCGUAGUUGGCUGAAAAUUGCAUCAAUUUUUUGUCAAACAAAGAGUCAAUAAAACAAAAAAAUUCAAAAAAA